AUGCCGGAAUCCGAAAACCACUCCGAUACCUAUGGUGACCGAAGUUCACUGCUACUACGACGGACCAUGCUCCUUUGUUAUUCGAUUGCGUACCAAAUACCCUUUUCCACCUUGCCUGCCUCGCACCAGACCCAGCUGCAGAAUUCUAAUUCGGCCAUCGAGGUCCUUCACCAAGACACGUCCUCCGACUCUUGUAUUCAGUAUGGCACACUCAAGGAUAUACCCUUACAUUCUCGCAUGGCGAGUGAUGCAAGAAAAUCAUCCUGGAGGAACGAGUAUUUUUCACAGCCGGCGACCGAAGAGGGCGAGAACAACAUUCUUGUGUGCAGCACCCAGGCAGGCCAAUACGACAACAACAGGAAUAGCGCUCUGGCAGGUCCAGUGAGCGGUGUUGCCUCUUGGUGGAUCUACAAAGGGAGAACAUGCGACAUCUCCGUCCUCGAUCAAGUUUUGGGAGCUGAGGAACUCGAUCGUGGGGAAUGGCUGGGAUGCAACAAGUCAAAUGGGGCUCCGGGAAUCCUGUCGACUACACGAAUAACUAACCCGUACGCCAACAAGUCCCACAUGAAUACUGUAGUGGGGAGGCCUGGCGCAGGUCCUUGGAAGCACCAGCCUCGGCGCAGUGUCAGGAGUUCUGGCUCGUAG